ACUCUGAGAGAAACAGCGAGCCUUACUCAGCCUGAUCGCGACCUUCUCGCCGCAGGACCGCUUUAUAUCGCCGUUUUUGGACGUUCCGGACGCUUUCCGAGUGGGAAAGGCGAAGAAACGAUGAUGUUUACUAGUCUCGACUGUGACUCGUCUUCCCGCUGCAGCAGCGCUUCUCCGGCUGGAGUUUACAGCCUCGGCCACACUCAGGACUUCGCUGACAUGGCUGACUCCCCUGCCCCUUUCGUGCCUACUGUCACGGCCAUCUCCUCCUGCCCUGACCUGCAGUGGAUGGUCCAGUCGGUGGUGUCCUCAGUGGCGCCAUCCACUGGCAGGGCUCACCCUUACAGCCCCAACACAAGCACGUCUUUCUCCAGGGCUAGAACCCAGGGAGACAAGGCCCAGGGCUCCAGCAGGCGGGGCAGAAUCGAGCAGCUUGCUCCAGAGGAGGAGGAGAAGAGGAGGCUCCGCCGCGAGCGGAACAAGAUGGCCGCAGCCAAGUGCCGCAACAGGAGGCGCGAGCUCACGGACACCCUUCAAGCCGAAACCGACAUGCUUGAGGACGAGAAGUCCGCCCUGCAGAACGACAUCGCCAACCUGCUCAAAGAGAAGGAGCGGCUGGAGUUCAUCCUGGCCGCCCACCGCCCCAUCUGCAAGAUCCCGGCCGAGAUGGACGCCACCGCCUCCUUCCCCGACCCUUCCUCGCAAAAGCCCGUCUCCCAGAUCCAGAACACGGUGACCUCCGCAGCUUCCAGACUGACCGACACGACUUCGGUGACCACCACCACCUCGUCCUCCUCAGUGUUCUCCGCCCCGUCUGUCGACCUCCUGACCUCCACCGUGAAGAUCUCCGACCUCGACCCGUCCCUGGAGGCUUCCCUGGAGCUCCUGACCAAGGCCGAGCUGGACACGGCGCGCUCCGUGCCGGACGUGGACCUGUCCAGCUCGCUGUACGCCCAGGACUGGGAGCCCCUGUACACGCCGGCCAACCUGGACCUGGAGCCCCUCUGCACGCCCGUGGUCACCUGCACGCCCGCCUGCACCACCUACACAUCUUCCUUCGUCUUCUCGUACCCGGACGGCGACGUCUUCCCCACCUGCGGCCAGGUCCGCCGCGGCAGCAGCAGCAACGAGCAGUCAUCCGAUUCCCUCAACUCCCCCACGCUGCUGACCUUAUGAACUCGGCGGCACGGUUCAGAACGGCGGGGUGCGGAUCUCUGACCUCAACGAUUUGGCGCCGUGACCUCGCCGCAGAUCAAAAGAUCUGUACUGUCAACACUUUGACAAUUGGACGCGGUCGAAUGGCCGGUCUGCCGCGUCCACUAUAGACUUGAUCCUUAAUAACACUGACCUUAACGACUUUAACAGUGCAGGGCUACGGAACUGAUCCACUAAGCAAUGGUUGCUUUAUAUGUACUGCAUAUUUAUCUCUUUUGCAUAUGUAGCAAGUUUAAGCAUGGUUGAUUUAACGUUUGUUUCUAGAUAGAUAGAUCAAUAAAUAUCAUUACAUUAUGCAGAUUAUAACGUAUAGAUUUGAGUUUACUGGUGCUAGAUACCUGUAAUGUGGUCUGAGCAAUAGAACCGAUCUGUUUCACAUGUGAGCUGUGCAUCUUCUAUAUUAAACGGUUGUGCUUAACCACUAUGACAGAAUGGUCUGACGUCUGCGUAUGAAGUUUUCUGUGAAAACGUUCUUUAAUUUAUGGAUUUUUCUUUUUAUUUUUGUACUGAAAUGUGAAGGCAAACUGAGCACUGUUUGCAAAGCUAGAAAUAAACCUAUUGAAUGUA